GGAAAGUGAAGAAAAAUUUAAAGAGAUUGGUAAUGCUUACGAAAUUUUGACGAAUAAAGUAGAAAACAAAGAACAUAGUAAACCAUUCACCAGUUCAACCCGAACUUCGUCUUGGUCUUUUGAUUUUAAAAGUAAUUACUAUUGCAAAUUGAAAGAAUCAUUGGCCGGAAACGGCCAAAAAAAUCCCGGACCAGAAUUUUGUGAAAUUCAUGGAACAAUUACUAGAAGGGGCUUGACCAAUAACAAAUUAAAUGAUUUGUGCAAAAAUUCACAGAAUUUUGCCCAAGCCGAAAGAAAUCUAACUCAAUUGAGAAAUCAAGUGUUUUUUAUUAUUGACAGCAAUCAAUUAGGGAAAAAAAUUUUAAAAGAAAUAAGGGAUGAAUUUUAUUCUAUAAGUGGAUACCAACCUUUUGCAAGCCCAGAGGAAAAAUUAGAUGAUAUAAUUAACAAAUCUAAUAAUAAUUUAGCCGAAGUUCAAGAAAAGUUAAGUCGAUUGAAAGAGCAAGCCUUUAAGUUAGUUGGUGAAAUAGUAGAGCGUCAAAAAGCAGAACAAGAUAUUAACUAUCUUCUUCAACAUGAUUAUUACCGUUUAAUAAUUACUCACCCUCGUGUUUUAGAGGCUUCGGGGCAUCAAAAAAACUUUAACGACUGGCUAGUAGAGUGUAAUAAUUGUCGGAAAAGAUAUCGCCUUGACCACUUGCUAACCGCAAUUGAAUUUUCCUCUUUUUUGUCCCAAAGAGAAGAGAAUGAUUUCUUAAUCGCAAAAGAGUGUCCCGAUUGUCACAAAAAAAAUUUUUCCGCUCCCCGGCAAUUUAAUCUCUUGCUUAGCACUAAUUUAGAGAUAACUACCGGAAAAGAAAAUCAUGUUUACCUACGACCGGAAACUUGCCAAGGAAUAUUUGUCAACUUCCGGGCUAUUCAAAAGAGCAUUCAUAGAAAGUUGCCUUUCGGAAUCGGGCAAAUGGGGAAAAGUUUCCGCAACGAAAUCACUCUUCACCACGGAAUUUUCCGCACUCGGGAGUUCGAACAAAUGGAAUUAGAAUUUUUUUCUUUGCCUGAGGAGA